AUGUCUCCGAAGACGUGGAGUUUGGAAACUAUAGUCCCCUCCCGCUACAUCACUUUCACCUCCGACGACCAGCACCUCCGCGUGGCCGUCCUCGAUUCUCCCUAUUCCUCCUCCUCCGCCACAGCCGCCAUAUGGGUCCCACCUGGCCGCGAGUCCGACUGGGUGUUCUCUACUUUCUCCGGCCACCUCCAGCUCCUCCUAUCCUCCUCCACCGCCGAGCCGCUCUCCCGCUUGAUCCUCGUCGGUAGAUCCCCAUCGUCCCCUCACCCUUCCUCCUACAGCCCCUCCCCCUAUUCAAUCCUCCUUCACCCCACCAAUGCCGCCCCUCUCUUGUCAGCCCUAAUCCCCAAAUCAGCUUUUCCCAACAUCGGCAGCGAAAUCCCGUUCUUGAUCUACGAGGACGAGGUGGUCAGAGCUUCAGUUCUGGAGAUCCGACAAGGGCCUCGCGUCGGUGAAAUGUUGGUGGAAAACGUAGAGUUGGAGAAUGGAGAGUUCAGGAGGAGGCUCAGGUUCAAGAGAAUGCCUAACUUUGUGCAGACCCAGAUGAGGAUCCGCCCCAAAAAUGGAUCCCUAUCAGAGGAUAUCGAUAAAAUGGAGUUUGAGUUGGAUAAAGGAGCUCUGGUCCAGCCCUAUCUAAUUCCGAUGGUGGCUUCCAUCUCUGUUAUUAGUCGGUUCUUGGAAGUUCACAUAUAUCGAGAUGGGUUCAGACCUAGGGCUUUGUGUGUAGGGGUUGGCGGAGGGGCUCUACUUGCGUUCUUGAGUUCCCAAUUGAACUUCGAUGUCGUGGGGGUCGAGCAGGACGAGGUCGUUUUGGGAAUUGCCAGCAGAUAUUUUGGGCUCGGAGAUGAUGAGUUGAUUCGUUUGUACGCCGAAGAUGGGAUUGAAUUCGUUAAAAAGCUCGUGGGAAAUCCUAGUAGUAGGUUUCAUGUCAUCAUGGUUGAUUUGGAUUCGAGUGAUAUGAGCACCGGCAUUUUUGCACCGCCGGUCGAGUUUGUUACAAAGUCUGUUCUUUUGACCUUAAGAGAUGUGAUGUGCGAGGAAGGGGUUGUUGUGGUUAAUACGAUCCCGACUAGUGAAUUGGAUUACAAGAGAUUGAUUCGUGGGUUUGGUGAGGUUUUUGAAUGUUUGUUCGAGAUUGAUGUUGGGAAUGGGGAGAACUUUGUGCUGAUUGCAACGAAAUCAGGGGCUGAGGAUUUUGGUUCGGGAGAUGGUGAGGAUAUCUUUUUGAAUAAGUUGAGAUCAGUUGUUUCGGGAUCUUACUUGGACUCCAUUAGGAAAAUUGAAAAGACUGUUGUUUAG